AUGGCUAAUACCGGUGUAUUACCUUUUGUACGAGGUAUAGAUUUUAGCUAUAAUGAUUUUGCAGUAUCGAAAUUUCCUUCUGCAGUUAUGUCAAUGUCUAGUGUACAAUGGCUUAACUUAAAUAGAGUAAAAUUACAUGAGAUUCCAGAAGAAAUUGGAAAACUAGGAAAAUUAGAACAUUUAUCAAUUGCACAUAACAACAUUGAAAGGUUAUACGGAGAACUUACAGAGCUAUCUUCAUUGAGGUCAUUAAUUGCUCGUCAUAAUUGCAUCAAAAGUUCUGGUAUACCACAAGAACUUUUUUGCAACUCUCAAAGUUCAACUGAAUUGACAACAUUAGAUUUAAGUCAUAAUCGAUUAACAAGAAUACCUGAUGGUUUAGAAUCUUCUUCUAGUCUACUAGUUCUGAAUUUAUCUCAUAAUAGGAUCAGUUCUAUUCCUAAUCAAUUAUUUGUUCAUCUGACAGAUUUGUUGUCAUUAGAUUUAAGCAAUAAUGAGUUACAAACACUUCCUCCACAAAUGAGGAGAUUAACAAAUCUGCAAACAUUAAUGUUAAAUCAUAACCCAUUAGAUCACUUUCAGUUAAGACAAUUGCCAUCUAUGAAAAACUUGACAACAUUACAUAUGCGUAAUACUCAUCGGAAUUUAACUAAUAUGCCUCCGAGUCUUGAAACAUUAACAUCUUUAACUGAUUUGGAUUUGAGUGGUAAUCAACUACCUAAAGUACCAGAUGCACUUUAUACUUUGACUAAUUUAAAAAGAUUAAAUCUGUCAUCAAAUCUUAUUAUAGAACUUUCAUUGGCAUUAGAAGUUUGGCAGGAACUUGAAGUUCUUCAAUUAUCUGAUAAUGAAUUAACAUCAUUACCGGCUUCUCUUUGUAAACUAUCAUCUCUUAAACGAUUAUAUGUAAACUAUAAUAAGCUUGACUUUGAUGGUAUACCAUCAGGAAUUGGUAAAUUAUCUGCAAUGGAAGUUUUUUCAGCUUGUGGAAAUCUUUUAGAAAUGAUUCCAGAAGGUUUGUGUAGGUGUGGUAGUCUAAAAAAACUUUUAUUGGGUUCCAAUAAAUUAAUUACGUUACCUGACACAAUCCACUUAUUAAAAGAUAUAGAAGUACUAGAUUUAAGUAAUAAUCCAGAUUUAAUAAUGCCACCUAAACCUACUAAUAUGGCAACUGAUGGAUUGCAAUUUUAUAAUAUUGAUUUUUCUUUACAAAAUCAAUUAAGACUUGCUGGAGCUGUAGUCCCAAAUUCAAUUCAACCAUCUCAAGCAUCCAGCCGUGAUCCAAUUGCACGUAAAUUAAGAUUACGGAGAAGUAAAAGAGAUCACGAAGAAGAAAAACAAGCUAAGAUUCUAAAAGGUAUGCAAGACAUAGCAAAUGAUAAGAAUAAUGAAACAUUUGACGAAUGUAUAAAAGCAGAGUCAUUAAAACCUAAAAGAUGGGAUGAAGGAUUAGAAAAACCUGCAGUUGAUUAUGGUGAAUUAUUUGAAGAAGGGACUGGUACACUUCCAGGUCUUAGUGUUUGGGAAAUUGAAAAUUUUUUACCAAACUUAGUUGAUGAAGUAACUUAUGGAAAAUUAUACAGAGGAGAUUGUUAUAUUGUACUACAUACCACUGUUAAUGAAACAUCAGAUAGUUUAUGUUGGAAAAUUUAUUUCUGGAUUGGUGAUAAUGCUUCUCUCGAUAAAAGAGCAUGUGCUGCUAUUCAUGCUGUUAAUUUGAGAAAUUUUUUGGGAGCUGAAUGUAGAACUAUUCGUGAAGAAUUAGGUGAAGAAUCUGAAGAAUUUUUGUCAUUAUUUGAUUCACCAUUGGUUUAUAUUGAUGGAGGUCGUACAGCUAGUGGAUUUUAUACAGUUGAAGAUAUUACUUAUGUUACUCGCAUGUAUAGAGUUCAUGCUCAAGGAACUUCAGUUCAUUUAGAACCAGUCAAAUUAUGUUUCACAUCUUUAGAUAUUGGAUUUGUGUUUAUUUUGGAUGCAGGCUUAUUAAUUUUUUUAUGGCAAGGUAUUAAAGCAAAAAACACUCUUAAAUCAAAAGCGAGAUUGUUGGCAGAAAAAAUUAAUAAAAAUGAGAGGAAAAAUAAUGCCGAAAUCUUAAUUGAAGAAUUUGGUGAAGAAAGUAAAGAAUUUCGUGAUUUGUUAAACAUGAGUAAUACAUUUGAUUCUUUUGUUGAUGUUCAGGAUAAUGUGAAUGAGAAUUUUGAACCUCCACGUCCUUGUUUAUAUCAAGUAAAAUUAGGUAUGGGUUACUUAGAAUUGCCUCAAGUUGAAAUUUUACACAAUACAUUAGAACAUUCACUUUUAAAUUCUAAAAAUGUAUAUAUUCUUGACUCAUCUACAGAUUUAUAUGUUUGGUUUGGAAAAAAGUCAACUAGGUUAGUUAGAGCAGCUGCUGUCAAGUUAUCUCAAGAAUUAUUCGCAAUGAUUGAACGUCCAGAUUAUGCAUUAACAAUGCGAAUUCAAGAAGGGACAGAACCUCAAAUAUUUAAGAUAAGAUUUAUUGGAUGGGAAGAAGUUAUUGCUGUUGAUUUCACUCGAACUGCUGAGUCUGUUCAAAAAACUGGCGCUGAUUUAACUAAAUGGGCUAUGAAACAAGAAACCAAACAUGAUUUAGCGGCAUUAUUUACUCCUCGUCAGCCACCAAUGUUGUUUAAUGAAGCGAUACAACUGAUGCAAGAUUGGAAUGAUGAUUUAGAUCAAAUGGAAUCUUUUGUUUUGGAAGGGAAGAAGUUUGUAAGAUUACCAGAAGAUGAAUUGGGACAAUUUUUCAGCAAAGAUUGUUAUGUAUUCUUGUGCCGUUAUUGGGUACCUAUUGAUGACGAAGAGGGUAAUGAAGAUGUAUCAGAUGGUCAACCUGAAGAUUUUCAAUGUAUUGUUUAUUUCUGGCAAGGACGGGAUGCCUCCAAUAUGGGCUGGCUGACAUUUACUUUUAGUUUAGAAAAACAAUUUAAAGCAAUGCUUGGAGAAAAAUUAGAAGUAAUUCGCACUCAUCAACAGCAAGAAAAUAUAAAAUUUUUAUCCCAUUUUAAAAGAAAAUUUGUUAUACAUUCCGGUAAAAGAAAAGAAAAACCACCACCAGUUCAGUUAUAUCAUUUGAGAUCAAAUGGGAGUGCACUCUAUUCACGUCUUAUUGAGAUUAAACCAGAUGCAAGAAAUCUGAAUUCAGCAUUUUGUUAUAUAUUAAAAGUGAAAUUUGAUCAAGAAGAUACCAAUGGAAUUGUAUAUUUAUGGGUUGGUUCAAAAACUGAACAAGAAGAUAUAAAACUGGCAGAAGAAAUUGCUGAUGAUAUGUUUAAUGAUGCAUGGACCAGUUUACAAGUUAUUAACGAAGGAGAAGAACCUAAUAACUUUUUCUGGGUAGCAUUAGGCGGAGAAAAACCAUAUGAACAAGAUGCUGAAUAUAUGCAAUUUACAAGACUAUUUCGAUGCUCAAAUGAAAAAGGAUACUUCACUAUAUCAGAAAAAUGUUCAGAUUUUUGUCAGGAUGAUUUAGCUGAUGAUGAUAUAAUGAUUCUGGACAACGGAGAGCAAGUAUUUUUAUGGCUCGGUGCUAGAAGUAGUGAAGUGGAAUUAAAAUUAGCCUAUAAGUCUGCUCAAGUUUAUAUACAACAUUUAAGAGUUAAACAACCAGAAAAACCACGAAAAUUAAUGUUAGCAUUGAAAAAUAAAGAAUCACGAAGAUUUACCAAAUGUUUUCAUGGUUGGAGUUCACAUAAAAAGACACCAGAAUAGUAUAUAGAAAUCUAAUGUUAUUAAUAUUAAAAUAAGUAGAUUAUAAAAUA